UGCCAAUUAAUCGCAAUCGAGAGCAAACUAAAUUAUUUUUACCAUUAUGAUGGUUCAAGUGCCCAUUAAGAAAACUGAUUUCACUUAAUUGUUUAUCUCAACAUUUCAGCUAAUCACUUUUUCAUCUCCACAAUUAACUUGAUUAUCUAUCAAUAUAUGAACAUAAGAUUAAAUCUUUCACAAAAAAAACAAAACUAACGGUUAUCAUGAUAACAAUGAUGUUAAUCAUGAUCAGCUAAUUAACUAGAUGAACGAAAAUCGAUUCAGCUCAUCAUGAACUCUCAAUUUAUAUCUGGUUUAUGAAACUCUGUUUAAUCGGCCAUUUUUAUCUUCUCUUUUAAAUGUGAUAAUCAAAAAGCCGAUUGAUUAUCAACUAAUUGUAAUCCGAUGUUCAGAUAAAUAGACUAUUAAUACAAUAAUGUAAACUGUUAAGAGAUAUUCAAGUGAAAUCAAUCAAGGUUGUUUCAAAUUUAACGUUAAUCUCAUGAUUGUAGCAAAAAAUUUAUGUAAUUUAAUUAUGUUAAUCUUAAUCAUCAUUACCAAUGGAAGAUAAAUUUAAUCAUUUGUAAAUGAAUGACUGAAUUGUAAACAUCAGCUGAAGGUUGAAGCUUUCUAUUGAAUUGGCUAAUCUUUAUUUCAGCGUUAAUUAGAUUAGAGUCCCUGGGAUGCUACAAUUAAGAUAAUGACAAUUAAACGAGGUUAGAGGAGUGAUUUGAAUCAAUUUUUCCAACUUAAAUAGUUGAUCAACUUAUUAAUAGUUAACCCGAUAAAGUUAAUCAACAGUCUGUAAAAUGAGAUUCCGUACAUUGAGACAGUUAAGUUCAUUGAAAUUGUUAACAUUUACUUCAAAUAAUUUAAUUGAAUUAAAUGGAUAUAGAUUCAUAUCGACACUUAAUGAACAGUUCAAAAGUGACGUUCUCGUCAUUGGAGGCGGAAUCAUGGGCUUGUCAACGGCUUUUUGGGUCAAACGAUCAUCGCCGUCAACAUCGGUCACUGUGAUUGAGAAAGAUCCACAGUACGCUGUUUGUUCAACUCCUCGAAGUGUCGGUGGCAUUCGGUCUCAUUUUUCCCUCGCCGAAAAUGUCAAAUUGUCCAUGUUUAGUUUUGAUUUUCUAACUCGAGUCAAUGAAUAUUUGAACGUUAAUCCCGAAGACGUUGUUGAUAUUGGCCUAGUGAAAAAGGGUUACCUUUAUUUGGCCACUCAAAAAGGUUUGUCUACGUUAAUUGAGAAUCACCGAGUUCAACAAUCGUGUGGAGCCUCAACCCAAUUGUUAACACCUCAACAAUUGAAGGAUAAGUGGCCUUGGCUCAAUGUCGACGAUAUUGCCUUGGGCUCUUAUGGAUUUGAUAAGGAGGGUCAUUUUGAUCCUUAUCGGUUACUAAUGGCCUUUCGUCACAAAGCUCAAUCUUUAGGUGUCAAUUAUGUUCAUGGGACGGUGACUGAUUUUUCGGGCUCAUGUUCACCAUGUAAAGUGGAUCAGGUGAUUGUUGAUUUAGCUAAAAAUCAAUCUACUGCUCGUUAUUCAGCUCAAUCAAUUAUAAUCGCUGGAGGUUCCGAGUGUGGAUCUUUAUCAAACCAGUUAAUUGCUCAAAACAAAUUAACCACAUUGUGCCCCGUUAAUAGAAGGAAACGCUACGUUUUUGCUUUCAAAUGUGAUUCCUUAAAUGGUCAACAAGUGCCGAUGUUAAUUGAUCCUUCCGGGGUUUAUUGUCGAGGCGAAGGAGAUAAUUUCAUAGCUGGUUUAUCACCCGAAGAGUCCGAGGAACCAGAGACAAACGAUCUCGAAGUUGAUUAUAACUUUUUCGAUGAAAAAAUUUGGCCUCGAUUAGCUGAACGGUGCACAAAUUUUGAAUCGGUUAAAGUUCAAUCAGCUUGGGCGGGUUAUUAUGACUUCAAUCAGCUGGAUGAAAACGCGAUCAUAGGUCGUGAUCCCGUUUGGACAAACUUAUUCUGGGUCACGGGUUUCAGUGGACAUGGUAUUCAAAUGGGACCCGCGGUGGGCAAAUGCCUCUCAGAGUUGAUAUUAGAUGGACAAUAUAAAACUAUUGAUUGUUCUCGAUUCGGUUUUGAAAGAGUAAUCAAAGGUGAACGAUUAUUGGAAACAAAUAUCAUCUAAUUGACUGAAACACCUCAAAUGUUGAUUGUAAGUAAAACGGAUAACAAUUUACUGAUUGUGAUGACGGUGAUUCUCGUGACUGUUAAUAUAAUUAUCGUUGUUAAAUCUUAAUACAAUUGAUUGGAUUUAAAAACAAAAUGUACAAAAAAAACUUGUAAGGCAAAAAAAACAAUGGAUACACUUUUGGCAAAAUAAACAACCAAUGAUAAUAAUUAAUUUAGAGAGAUAUAUAAAUUGUUGAUGAUUGAGAUGAUGAUCAGGGCGAUUAAUUAGAAAACAGAUCAACACCAGAUUCAGGUCAUUUUACGAUACAAAUUCCGUCUGAUGAUUGAUCACCAGUAAAAAAUAUUUGUACUCAAUGAGAAGGCCAAAAAAAAACGUUGCCAAUUAAACAACAAUUAAUCAAGAAAAAAAA